GAGUUGGCCUGACAAAGGCGUAUUGAAGUACAGGCAGAGUACGGUUUCAAAGCAGUCAGAAAAAGCACGGGAAUGCUGUUCAGGAAAUUCUUCAGGCAUGGGCAGGGACUUGGCUGCGAUUCUGCAGUUGGAAAAUCUGACUGGGGCAGCUUCUGAACACAGGCUGGGCCUGCUCACCCUCUGCAGGCCGGCCGAGCGGCCGCCCCCUUGCAGCCUCUCCACACACGCCUGGAUCGUAGGGGAUUCUCAUCAGCCGCUUUGUGAAGCAGAGGAGAGAUGCCUCAGGAACAGUACACCCACCACCGGGGCACCAUGUCCAGCUCCGAGGGGCCACAGGUAUACAAAGUGGGGAUUUAUGGCUGGCGGAAAAGAUGCCUGUAUUUCUUUGUCCUACUCCUGAUGAUUUUAAUACUGGUGAACUUGGCCAUGACCAUCUGGAUUCUCAAAGUCAUGAACUUCACAAUUGAUGGAAUGGGAAACUUGAGAAUCACAGAAAAAGGUCUAAAGCUAGAAGGAGACUCCGAAUUCUUGCAACCUCUUUACGCCAAAGAAAUCCAGUCCCGACCAGGUAAUGCCCUGUACUUCAAAUCUGCCAGAAAUGUGACAGUGAACAUCCUCAACGAACAGACUAAAGUCCUAACUCAGCUGAUAACAGGGCCAAAAGCUGUAGAAGCUUAUGGCAAAAAGUUCGAGGUAAAGACAGUUUCUGGAAAAUUGCUUUUCUCUGCAGACAACAAUGAAGUGGUAGUAGGAGCUGAGAGAUUAAGAGUUUUAGGAGCAGAGGGCACAGUGUUCCCUAAAUCUAUAGAGACACCUAAUGUCAGGGCAGAUCCCUUCAAGGAACUAAGGUUGGAGUCCCCCACCCGGUCUCUGGUGAUGGAGGCCCCAAAAGGAGUAGAAAUAAAUGCAGAAGCUGGCAACAUGGAAGCCACCUGCAGAACAGAGCUGAGACUGGAGUCCAAAGAUGGAGAGAUUAAGUUAGAUGCUGCGAAAAUCAAACUACCUAGACUGCCUCAUGGAUCCUACACGCCCACAGGAACAAGGCAGAAGGUCUUCGAGAUCUGUGUCUGCGCCAAUGGGAGAUUAUUCCUGUCCCAGGCAGGAACCGGUUCCACUUGUCAGAUAAACACGAGUGUCUGCCUGUGAGAGACGAUGCAUAAUGGACAUUGUCGGCAGCACCCAGGCCUUUUUCGGCUUUAGACCCUGGCUGCCAGCUAUUUUUACUAGAACACAGAAAGCCUAUCAAAGACCUUUUGUGUGUGUGUGUGUGUGUGUGUGCGUGUGUGUGAGUGAGUUUGCGUGUGUGGCUGAUAUAAAUAUAUAUAUAUAUAUAUAUAAAUAAAUAUAUAUAUCCUCUGUAUAAAAUGAGGUUUCAGUACAAAAGGAACCAUGGGUGACCCUGCGAUAUCCACUGUCAUUGCCAUCGCAACCCCACCACAUACAUGAUAAAAUCAAAACACUAAUUCGGGCCCAAUAUUCCCCAGACCCUGCAGAAUCACACAGUGUAUCGACACUUACUGAAUAUUCACCUACAUGUGUGAGUAACAGCCUGUCUUUUCCUUUAGUGUCAUUACAAGGCAGUGAUGGCGGGAAUUUGCAAGUCACACCCAAGGGCUGAGACCCUUGUAGUAAAAGCAGACACUUUAUUAGCUUUCGUGCAGCUGGCCAACUUCUCCCUCUUCAAGUUAAGGAUGGGGCAGUGCCGUAGAAGUCAGACAGAGGAACUCAACAUGGCUGUGCUACUUUUGCAUCCAAAUGUAUUGGGCUUUUGUGGUUGGAUGAAUUAGGAGGAUGGAUUUUAGCAAAGUUUGAAUGGCUCACCCAACUCCUGUGAGCUUAUUACUUCCUUCAAACUCACGUAUUAUCCCACAGUCAAAACAGGAGCUGUAAAUCAGCACAAAAUAGGAAAAUAGUUGCUCCUCAGUCGGCUAGAAGCUCCUUGAUGGCCUGACAGACUAAGAAUAAAUGGGCAAUAGGUCUCUGUUUAAAGUGGAAAAAAUGGCUCAAAAUCUGUUACAUCCUCACUCCUGUUGACUUUAUCCAACAGACUCCUACCGAAAAUGAUCAGGUCAAUCCAAAUCUUUACGAGUGGAACCCCCACCCCCAAGAGAAGCUAUUUGGAGAUGGAAAUCAAAGAGUGGUGUAGGAAACCAAAUUAUUUUUAAAUAUGUUUCUGGGGACUGGUAGGUAAUUUAGAGGCAUGCGUUUUAUUUUUAAAGGUAUGCACAAACUCUCUGCCUUCAAUCUUCUUAUAUAUUUUUUCAGUAUUGGGAAAUUCAUUUUCCUAAGUUGACCAUUGUUUUCUCUAAGAACAGUGACCCAAGAAUCACAGAUCUAAAGUACCACAUGCCCCCAGAAAUGCUCGCUGAAAAUUAAUAUAGACUGAGUCAAGUGUCUUUAUUAGAAUCACUGUGUCGCCGGGGGCCCAGCGGUACCCACUCCCCCAUAUGCGGAAGCAGCUCCCCUAAUUCCCGCCAUCAGCUACCUCCCAUCACCCCACUUUCAUCAUCGUGCUCCAGGGUCACCCUGGCCAGCUCUUGUGCUGGGACAGGGGAUUACACCAUCUCUGUUCAAAGAGGGGGAUACGUGCCUAUGCCUUACGACAAUGCACUCAGCAAGGAGAAGCACAUCCUAUAUUUAUCUUGUGUUACCUGUAGUUUAUUUUGAGUGAUUGGAGGGGAAGGGUUUCACAAUGACUGCGCAUCUUAAAAGCUGGUAGGCAAACCAAGUGGCUGACAGAUGUGGACUCCGAGGAGCCUGGAAGGGAGACGAAACUGCUUUCGACCAUCCUGGAUGCCACUUGGCAAGCAGUAGCCCCACAGUCCUAAACGAAGUCCUAUUUGUAGGCCUGAAUGGCAUUUGUUUGUUGUUUUUUUUCCUCAACAGGGUUCUGCUUUUUCUUACUUCACAAGCAGAGGGGAGAUGUGCCAUAGGAAAUGAAUAAGAGGUUUGGUAUUUUUGAGAUGACACUCAAGCAUCGGGCUGAGUUUUGCACAUGUGGAAGGUAAAAGCAAGCUGUGUGUUGCUUAGUCACUUAGAAGUGGGGGGAGGAGGGAUGGUUCUAGCCUGACCAGUGGCCCUGCUGGCUCCCGGACCCCAGGCUCCCCCCCGUCACUCCUGCUUAAUAUCCGUACGGAAGAAUUGGGUUGCUCAAGGGUGAGACCGUAAAAUUGCUUAGUGUGCAGCACUAGGGUCUAAAAAGGAAAACCAUAAAGAGAUAUCCAAUUGCUCUGGCUCAGUAUUAUUUAUAUCCUGUAGGAUCACACCGCCAGAAUUUGCAUGUACCACGCCCAGGGUUUUUCCAAGCCAGGAAAGGCCCUCCUUGGCGACUGGGAGCAUCUACCCCAUACCUUUCAGAUCAACAGUAGUACCUAUAAGGUCCUUUGUGGCUAAAUACCUGAAGACAAAGGUUUUUGUUUGUUUGUUUGUUUUUUAAGCAGACAGACCAUCUUUGCAUUUUGUCAUCUCAAGUACAUAUUCUAAGGAUGACAAAGAAAUGGAAGGUUCCCUGAACCUCUUUCAUCUAACUUUGUUCUAAUCGUUAAAUGAAAGUCUGAGAUCAGCACCUUGGAAAUUUUAUGCCAAUAAACAAGACUGGUGUGAUGCCACUUGCAAAAAUUAAUCCUAAAUGCACUCAGAUCACAAAUAGAAUAAAAAGAAUAAUAGCAACCAAGAAUAGAAAUCAAGCGCCUAUGGGGACAGACAUGAUAUAAAAUUCUGAUUUUCAUUUGUGCUAAGUGACUAUGGUAUACCAGGUAAUGAGCAGGAAGUUUGGCGUGGAUUAAAUUAUGUAUUUCAGUUCAGACUUUAGAAUUCAGUAAUUGCAUAUGAAGUCCUUCAAUGUACAUUUUUUUCUCCCAACUUCCUCCAACUAGAAUACCUGUCCAUGGUCAUGAGAAAAAGUUUUACUUGAAUUCUGGAAAAAAAAAAUCUCUUUUACAUUAAAAUCUGAUACCUUUAAUUUAUAAAAAUGAGAUCCUUUCUAAUCUCAUAUACAAUAUCUUCUAGAAAAUCACAUCUCUCAAUAUAUUAAGCAUGGGUGGCAUAACAAAGAGUUUAAAUGAAUUUUCAAUAUUCUAGAAGUUCCAGUAUGUUAAUAUUCUUCAGAAAAGUUUUAUAAAUUAAAAGUUGAUCUCCAAAUAUGUUUAGCACCUAGUUCUAUCGGAUAUCUGCUCAAUAAGUUGUUAAAGUUUAGUCUUAAGAGGUUUUCAAAGCCCUUUUGGUGACAUCAGUCUAGGUGGAAACUUGAUACAAAGCUGUAUCUUUCUGUUACCCAAGAGACAGAGCCUAUAAACUUGAAUUGGCUUUUAACUUCCUUUAGGUCAGUUUUCCCUUGGAUGAUUUCCAUUGUAUAUCCAGCACCAUAGACCAAAGAUUGCUUGACGCUUGACUCUAGCACAGGGGUCAGCAAACUCUGGUCCCGAAACCAAAUGGGACUCAUCACCUGAUUUUGUGAAUAAAGUUUUAUUAUAACACAGCCACAUCCGUCCACUUACUUGUUAUGUAUGGCUGAUUGCAUACUGGACCAGCAAGGUUGAAUAUCUGUGCCAGAGACCUCUUGGCCCACAAAACAUAAAAUAGUUACUAAUUGGUUCUUUAGUAAAAGUUUGCUGACUCCUGACAUAGAGGUCAUUUGUAGCCUCAUUUGUGUUGGACACAGCAGGAGAGAAAGACGACAGCACUACAUUUCCAUGCGUGCUUGGGAAUAUAAAUAUGUGGUUAUAGAAAAGAUUGUCCGCCUUACACUGCAUGUGAAAGAGAUUCACUUGUCUGAGAAACACAGGCUCACAGGAUUCUUGGAAACAGGGAAGAUGGAAUUAGGGAAGGGUUUAGUGGAAGAGGAAAGCUGUGAUCCUCCAAAAUGUUCUUCCUAGAACCCUUCAUAUAUAAAUAUAGGGGGUUCCUUCGGUCAGCAUCAUUGUGUGACAAGAAGUGAAGUAGGGGUCCUUUGAUUUAGAGUCUCUUUCCUGAAGAGUCUAUUUUUGCAAUCUCUGCCUAGAGGGUUUCAUCUCACCUUCCCAUAUUCCAGAAAGAUGCCCAUUCCAUGGUCCUCUGAAGAGUAUUUUUGACUUAAGAUAUCUUUUUGUCAUCCAUCACCUCGGUUAUUCACACCCACAGAGGACUCGCUUUCCUACAACCGCAUCAGGCCUGAAGGGUUGGUGGGACCAACAAAUAAUUAGAAAUAUUCAAAGGAACAUCUGAAAAUAUGUAGGACAAAAAAAUGUAGAAUUGUUUCAUGAAUCUGUUGCUGGGAUUUGUGGGGGGCGGGGACCAGAUUAAUGCCAGUUUGAUGUUGUUUGCAAGGAUCUGGGUCUUUGUUCUUUGGUGUAGGAGGAGUACAAAAAAAAAAGAUCUAUUUGGAAUUCCAGCAUCUCUGCCUCUGUGUGGUAAGGCAGGUUCCUACCAGAGAUUUGCCCCUUCAGUCAGCAUCCCUAUUGCUAAUCCAAAGCUUUAUACUCAUAUUCAAUAUUGUUAAAAUAGCAUCAGUUAUGAAUGAUUCUUUGUAAGCAUGAGUAUUCCUGUUAGGGAGGAAAGGUGCUUUGUUUUUUUUUUAAAUAAAAAUACCCACCAUUUACCAGACCCUAAUCAACAUUAGUUAAAGGAGUCCUUCAGCAUUUUAUCUGGAUUCAACUAAAAGAGGAUUAAAUUGGCCUUUCACAGGAACAGCUACAUGAGAAUGUCUUGCUUUUGUUUAUUUUAGGCAAAAGGUAGCCUGAUGUUUAGACCAAGGAGGUAAAUAUCCAUCUAAGCACUUGAUCCUUAUUUUUUAAGGCUCUCUGAAAGGUGAAAAUCUAAUUUAAGUGAGUUGUAAACAAAACCCCUUUCCUCUCUUUCCUCUGCUCCAGGAAAUCUUAGGCACAAAAAGGAUAACAAAGCAGUUCCUGGAAUGAUACAUUUGCAUGGCGCCCCAGUAGCAGGUGGGGGGAAAAAGUCAUAAUAAAAGAAACAACCUUAGAAAACAGGCUUUUUAUCUCAAAGAUAAAAUGUCUUUCUUUUGGUCUUUCAUCACUUUCUCCUCCUUGGAAGGCUCCCCUAGUCCCAACAUAUUUCCAUUAAAAUAGUCAAACCUACUGCACUGGGAUGUCAGAUGCAUCUCUUUCUUUGUGGUAAUCAGAAUUUAAAAUUACACAGUUGCCUCUGAAUUUCUCAUUCACAAAGCUAAACCACUGAUAAGAGAUAAAGCACUCUGAAGCCCCUGCUUCAGCCGGCAAGGCACACCGCACGCAUUAGCACUUUCAAAAGCAAUGUGAUUUCUAUGGUUCUUAAAAGCUUUCUUCAUAAUAGAGUCCUUGAAAUUUCUCAAGACAGGUCUGUAUGGCAAAGGGAAAAGAAUUACUUGUGGGAUGUCCUCCUUUGAGCAUUGUUAGAGCACAAGGAUAAAAGAAAACAUCCCAUUUGGGGUGACCCAUGCUCCAUGGGCUAGUUUCUUUGGUUUUAUCCCCCCCACCUUCCUUUUAUAGAUACUGACAGAGUAGGAAGUUAGCAUCUUCCCUUGAAAAAAAAAAAGAGCUGUCCAAUAGGAUGCAACAGGAGAUGUGAUGUCGGAACAGCAUUAACGAUGUUAUUAAAUCCAUCAGUAAACAGUCUCAAACAUACCAACAGCAAUGCUGUCUCCUUAACUUCUGCCCAACAAGUAGUAAUAUCAGUUCCACUUCCAUGAGGUUUGCAACUGAACAGAGGAAAAGUUGCUAUAGGCAAGAAGUAUUUUUAGAGUCCAAAUCCAGCUGUCACAAUGGGAAACCAGAAUAGUGUUCCAAAAUGCCUCAUUAGGCGUUUGGACACCCUCACUAGGGACUGAAGGGAUUUGCUUCGUCGCUGAACAUUAGCUAAGGUCAGAUAAAUAAAACAAGCAUGAGGCUGCCCUCUUUGGGAGAAAAGCGAAGGAAACAUCUGUCUUACAUAAAAUCUACUCUGCACUCCUAGACUAGCCUAGUAGUCCCACUUCUUCCACUGUCUUUGCAGCCUACUUCUACAUUUGGGUUAUUUUGGUGAAAUCAGAGAGAGCUCAGAUUUUCUAAAUCCCAAGCUGAUCCAUGAGGUUACAUAGGAGCAGUAUAGCAAAGGACUGUCUGAGGGCAGGAAGAUGAUAUUUGUUGACAGAGAAGACAUUGGUGCUUCUUUAGUCCCCAUAUUCAUGUAAUUUAUGAGGUCCUAACAUUUUGGGGGUCAUAGGUUCUUUUGAGAAUCUGAGCAAAGUUCUGAAACUUCUCCUCAAAAAGAAUCACACCCAUGAAUUUUGCAUAAGGUCAAAGAGGUCUCCUUGGACCCAAAGCCUAUACUAAGACAUGGCAAGAGUUGGAUUCUAUUUCUCCAAUUAUAAUAUUUUAUUAACUAAUAUUCAUUGAGCACUUACUAUGUACUAGCCACUGUGCUAAGUGUUUUAUACACAUUCACUUAUUUCAUCCUCAAAACAAUCCUUUGAGUUAGGUUCCAUUAUAGUUCCAAUCUACAGAUGUGGAAACUGAGGCUUAGAAAGGCUGGGAAACUUGCUCAAAGCCACUAGCUAGAAAAAGCCAGAGCUGGAAUGUAGGUCUAACUCCAGGCCACUAUGCUGUGAAGUCACCAACAUGUCAAACUAUUUUUCGAGCUGUUAAGAAGUGUCUCCUACCAGUUUUUAGAAUAGUCCUUCUUGGGUGGAUCAAGCUAUAAAACUUUUAUCUCCCUUCUUUCUAUCGUUUCUCAUCUGUGACAGCAUAUAGUACUGAAAGAGAGAUACCUACGGUGAAAAUAUAGAAGAUCUGUCUGAGUAAUAGAAUCUGGAACCAAAAAAAAAAAAAAAAUAGUUUGUUCUGUGAUUAUUGUUAAGUAAGUCAGGCUUCUUGUCCUUA